AUGCUGAGCUGCCCCUUGGGUAUGACCUUGAAGCGUGACGAUAUGAUUGUGUGGAGUAACAAUGAAGAUGACUGCUGCACCACAAGCGCAGAAGAUGUAGCAGACAUCGGCGUGCGCAGUGCUGGAUGGGCAGAUGGGAAUGAAGUUGUUUUCUUCGCAGCCGGCAAGAACUUCUAUGUUGGGUCACAUCGCGGUCUGGCUGUGGUCACAGUGCGGCCAGAUGGAAGUCGCAAAGACGCGGCAACUUUCGACACCAUGGCGUCCGGUUCUGACGCGCUGGCCGCGUACAUCCAUAGCAUCGAGAAUGGGACCAUGGUUUUGAUCGGAGCGAAAGACGAGGCAUCCAAUAAUCUUACAGACACGGCGAAAGCAGCGAUCAAAACCUGCGGAGCAACCAUGAUCGACGGUCUUUCGUGGAGAGGCGCCUAUGCGCUGGUUGGCGUCAAGGGAGGGCCAGCCUUGGCCGAAGACAUAAAGAGAACAACCGAAGGAUAUGCCGUGGCUGUCGGACAUAUGAAUGUGAAGGCGGGUACCGGUCAUCAGAUAUGUUGGCAAACAAGAAGAUUGAAUAAGCCCGCAGGUGGUCAUCUCCGAUGUAGUAAAACCUGUCUGCGACGCCAGCGUUCCGGUUCCGCCGGUGAGAGGCCACGGCCACAUAUGGGCGGGUCAUAUGUGAUGCAUGCUUGA